AGAUGAGCUGUGGCACACACCUGUGUUCAGAGAAAGUUGCAGUAUACAGCUUUAAGUGUCCAGUUGGCACCUACUCUAUGCUCUGCAGGAGCCCCCUUGGGCGAUGGGAUAUGCCUUGCUGAAGGAGAGCCCAAUGACCUACAUUCUUAGUAUUUCAUCCUGAAACUAUACAGUCGGCACUAAUUCAGUAUUGUGGCUGACCUACCACCCGUGUCAGCACUGACAUCCUCCUGAGUAGAAGUGUAUUAGAUAACGGACACACGGUCUCAUUCUCCCACGAACCCCUCUUCGUUACACGUGUAACAGAAGUCUGGGGAGCCCAUCCCGCCCUGUCGUCGGGUCUAGUGAUCCCCACAGCACAGCCUUUACAGGAGGGGCCGGCCCGGCUCGGUCGCACGGCCCUUCUGGUUACCUGCAGCGCGGCACCGCCCCCUUCUCCAGUUCCCGCGGAAGGAGCCGGGGUUCGCGUGCGGCCGCACUAGUCCCCGCGCGCUCCUGCGACAGUUCGGCGGGCCGGAGAGAGCGGGACACAAUAGUCCUGGGGGAGAGGGUCGGGGGACCGCCCGUUACAGGCGCGACGUAGGCGAGGGGUGGGAGAGGAGGCCUCCGGCACAACCUCAGCCUUCGGCGCCCCUCCCUCCUGGUUACCGCCGGUGGAGACCGCUGGGGGAGCAGCGUAGGGCCAAUGCUAACCCUUCACGCCCCCUUAGGUUGAGAAACCGCGGGCGCAAGCCAGGCAGGCGGAGUGGGCAGAAAGCGCCGGUUGGCGAAAUGAGGAGCUCCGGCGCCGCAGGUCUCCGAUAGAGGUGCGAGCCGUAGUUGGACGUCAGGGCGCAAGCGCAGUAGGUCCCGGGCCAGAGGCGCGCGCCGCUCUGGGACUGAGCACGCAGGCGCGGGGCGUCCUCCCCACUAAGGGCAAACGCUGGAGGGGCAUUAGCGCGCAGGCGUCCUGCCGGGGGCGGGGCCCUAGAAGUGGGCAGUGGGUUUCCGGUUCCGGGAGCAACGAACGGCCGCGGCAGCGACAGCUACCGCUUCAGAGGAAGCGUCUGCGGAGGAGGAAGAAGAGCAGGGCAAGGCGGGAGUCACAGGCGGGACCCUCGCCAUGGGUCCGCGGACCUAGAGCGGCGGAAGCUACCGGCCCGGUGCCGAGCUGGCCGCUGCUCCUUCCCUUGGCUCCCAUGGCUGAGGACUGGCUGGACUGCCCAGCCUUGGGCCCUGGCUGGAAGCGCCGUGAGGUAUUUCGAAAGUCAGGUGCCACCUGUGGACGCUCAGACACCUAUUACCAGAGCCCCACAGGAGACAGGAUCCGAAGCAAAGUUGAGCUGACCCGAUACCUGGGCCCUGCGUGCGACCUCACCCUCUUCGACUUCAAACAAGGCAUUCUGUGUUAUCCAGCCCCCAAGCCCCAGUCCUUAGCUGUCCCUAGCAGGAAGCGGAAGAAGCCUUCACGGCCAGCCAAGACUCGGAAACGUCAGGUUGGACCCCAGAAGGGUGAGGUCAGGAAGGAGGCCCCAAGAGAUGAGACCAAGGCUGAUGCCGACACAGCCCCAGCUUCACUCCCUGCUCCUGGGUGCUGUGAGAACUGUGGAAUCAGCUUCUCAGGAGAUGGUACCCGAAGACAGCGGCUCAAGACAUUAUGCAAGGACUGCCGAGCACAGAGAAUUGCUUUCAACCGGGAGCAAAGGAUGUUUAAACGUGUGGGCUGCGGGGAGUGCGCGGCCUGCCGGGUAACCGAGGACUGCGGGGCCUGCUCCACCUGCCUUCUGCAGUUGCCCCAUGAUGUGGCCUCGGGGCUGUUCUGCAAGUGUGAGCAGAGACGGUGCCUCCGGAUUGUGGAAAGGAGCCGAGGGUGUGGAGUGUGCCGGGGCUGUCAGACCCGAGAGGACUGUGGCCGUUGUCGAGUCUGCCUUCGCCCUCCCCGCCCUGGUCUCAGGCGCCAGUGGAGGUGUGUCCAGCGGCGCUGCUUACGGCACCUUGCCCACCGUCUCCGUCGCCACCAUCAGCGAUGUCAACGACGCCCUCCCCUAGCUGUGGCUCCCCCUGCUGGUAAACGUAGCCGCCGCAGAGGAGGCUGUGACUCCAAGAUGGCAGCUCGGCGGCGCCCCCCGCGAGCCCAGCCACUGCCUCCAGUUCCCCCAUCACAGCCUCCAGAGUCCCCAGAGCUGCACCCCAGAGCCCUGGCCCCCUCGCCACCUGCCGAGUUCAUCUAUUACUGUGUAGACGAGGACGAGCUACAGCCUUACACGAAUCGUCGGCAGAACCGCAAGUGUGGGGCCUGUGCAGCCUGCCUACGCCGGAUGGACUGUGGCCACUGCGACUUCUGCUGUGACAAGCCCAAAUUUGGGGGCAGCAACCAGAAGCGUCAGAAGUGUCGUUGGCGCCAAUGCCUGCAGUUUGCCAUGAAGCGGCUGCUGCCUAGUGUCUGGGCAGGAUCUGAGGAUGGGGCAGGGCCGCCCCCACCUUAUUCUCGUCGAAAGAGACCUGGCUCUACUCGACGGCCCCGUCUGGGGCAGAUACUGAAGACCUCCUUGACCACACCCACAGCCCGAUCAGGCCGUGCCCAGACUCCAAUGAAACAGGAAACAGGCAGUGGCUUUGUGCUACCCCCACCUGGCACCGACCUUGUGUUCUUACGGGAAGGUGCAAGCAGUCCUGUGCAGGUGCCUGGCCCUGCUUCAGCUUCCACAGAAGCCCUGUUGCAGGAGGCCCAGUGCCCUGGCCUGAGUUGGGUUGUGGCCUUACCCCAGGUGAAGCAAGAGAAGGCGGAUGCCCAGGAAGACUGGACACCGGGCACAGCCAUCCUGACUUCUCCUGUAUUGCUGUCUGGCUGCCCCAGCAAGGCAGUAGACCCAGGCCUGCCACCUGUGAAGCAAGAGCCACUGGACCCUGAGGAGGACAAGGAGGAAGAGAGCAAGGAUGACUCCGCCUCCGACUCGGCACCAGAGGAGGAGGCAGGAGGGGCUGGCACACCCGUGAUCACCGAGAUUUUCAGCCUGGGUGGAACCCGCCUCCGGGACACAGCAGUCUGGUUGCCAAGAGGAAGGGAGCGCGGUCGCCGGAGGCCUGGCCAAGGGCGGGGUGAGGACCGCGCAGACUCAGCUCCUCGGCUCCGGGAGGAAGUUGCGAGUACCGGCGUCUAUGGUCACCAUGGUGACGGGACCGACUUCGGCCCCUCCCACCUGCCCCUCACCCUGCAGGGCGCACCAUGGCAACCAGACCUCUGCAUUGCGGAAGCUGGUCCCGCAGGUCUCCACUGUCGGGAAACCGCGGCGGACGCCGCCCCCAUCCCGAGGGACUCGAAAAUGUACAGCCAGCGAUUUGGCAUCUUACAGCGGGAGGUUAAGGGCCCCACUCCCAAAGUGGUGAUCGUGAGAGCCAAGCCUCCCCAAGUUCAUGGGGCUGAGCAACAUCUGGAAAGAAUCCAACGCAGCCAUCAGAAACAUCAUGCUAUUUUGACUUCUAUUAAGUCAAAGGAGAGAGAUCGCUUGAAAGUUGAGUGGGACCAGCACAAUGAUCGCAAGUUUGUGGACAGUCUUGUGAAAGCAAGAAUCAAGGAUGCCAUGCAAGGUUUUAUGAUCAACACUGAAGAAAGACGAAAUAAGCUACGUGAACUUUUAGCAUCAGAAGAAAGUGGGUAUUUUACUGAAAUGCAGUUGAAAGAAGGAACAAUUGAGGAGAAAAAAGAUAGAAUGAGAGAGAAAACCAGAUUAUUGAAAGAGAAGAAAGAAAAAGAGAGACAAGAUCUCGUGGCUGAAAAACUAGACCAGCAAUUCAGAGAACGCUGUGAGGAGCUCCGUGCUGAAUUGUUUUGUAUCCAUCAGAAGAAGGUGUGCGAGGAGCGAAAAGCACAGAUAGCUUUCAAUGAGGAGCUGAAAAGACAGAAACUGGUGGAAGAGCAGAUGUUCUCAAAGCUCUGGGAAGAAGACCGAUUAGCCAAGGAAAAGCGAGAAGCUGAAGAGGCGAGGAGGCAGAAAGAGCUGGUGGAGAACACACGCCUGGGGCUGAAUGCCCAGAUCACCAGCAUCAAAGCGCAAAGGCAGGCUGAGCAGCAGCUGAAGGAAGAGGAGGCACGCUUUGUGGAAAAUGACAAAGCACAGGUGAAACUUGAGAACGAACAGGAUAAGCUAAAGAAACGGAAGACAAAACAGGAAAUUAGAGCUGCUUUGCAAAAAGCCCUCCGAGAGAAGAUAGAACAUAUUCAGCAGGAAUACAGAGAAGAGCAGGACUUGAACAUGAAGCUCGUGCAAAGGGCUCUUCAAGACUUAGAGGAAGAGGCUGAUAAAAAGAAGCAAAAAAGAGAAGAGAUGGCAAGAGAACAGGAGAUAUAUCGUCAGUAUGUGGCACAGCGGCGUGAGGAGGAGAGAGCUCAGGAGAACGAACUGGACAGAGUAUUAGAGGCAGAGAAGGAAAAGAAGUUGGCUGAGAAGGACAAGGAGCUGAGACUUGAAAAGGAGGCAAGGAGACAACUUGUGAAUGAGGUCAUGUGUACAAGAAAACUUCAAGUUCAGGAAAAAUUGCAACGAAAAGCAAAAGAACAGGAAGAGCGUGCUAUGGAACAGGAACGCAUAAAUGAAGGUCUUCGAGAGCUUAACCGCGAAGAGAAGGAGAAUUUUGCAAGGCGCUCCAGUUUGGCCCAGGAAUACAGGAAGCAACUUCGGAUGCAGAUAUCCUACCAGCAGCAGGCCCGGGAAGCGCAGAAGGAAGAGGAACGCCGAGAGGUUGAAGCAGGGCGAGCAGCAAACAAGAUUUGCCAGGACAAGAUCAGGGAGAUCCUGUCCUUCCAUCAAGUGCUGCCCUGCAACAUUCAUCCCAUGCGGAGGGCAUGCCCUGAUAAGCUUCCGCCGUAGUUUCAUUAAUGUUAAUGUAUUUUUUCUCAGUCUUUUAAUGUUUUUAACUACAGUAUGCUGGUCUGUUCCUUUCAACUCAUGGAUAAACUUCCUUUAUUUCUCUGAGUUUGCAUAAUUCUAUGUAAUGUUAUUCCUUCAAAUUCAACUUUGUGCCUAUUUUAGACUUUAUAGACUUACAAAUCUGAAUGAUUUAUUUCAUAUCACCCAGUUAUUUUCCUGACUUACCCCCCAUACACCUCCCUUUCUUGUUCAUUUAUUAAUAGCUACAAUUUCUCCCCCCCAUCCACUCAAAUGCCUAUUUCCUCUUGCCUUUCUUUCAUAUACAUAAUUGCUUUGUCUCAUAUACAAAAGUCACCAUAUCAACAGGGCAGAGCUGGGCCUAACAUCCACUUUCAUUUGCCCACCUAUUUAAAUAUUACACAAAUAUUUACCUUGCAUGUGACUUUAGCAAGAACAGAGCAAACUCUUUGCUUUUGUGGGACUUCUGUCCUGGUGGAGGAAACCAGGCAAUGUGUUAAGUGCUAUAAGAAGGAAAUGGCAAGAGUGCUCGAAGAUCAUUUUGAGCAGCUGAUACUUGAAUGAACCAGCCGUAUGGUUAUCUGGGCAGAUCCCAGCCAGAGGAAAGAGUCAGUGCAAGGGUCCUGGGGCAGAAGUCUGCUUAGUGCGUUUGAGGCAUAGCAUUUGUGCUAGAGUGGAGUGAGGGAGGAGAGAGUGGUAGAAGAUUAAUCAGAAAGGCAGUUAGGGCUAAAUGAUGUAAGGCUGUGGAGCCAUGGUGAAGGCUGGCUUUUACUUGGCUAUGAAAAGCUGUUACAGGAUUUCGAGCAGAAGAGCAACAUAAGAUGUAAGACAGUUGCUGGCUGCUGUGUUGAGAACAGACUUUGGAGAGACAAAAACAGACUCAGUUAAGGAAUGGCAGAUCAUAGUAGUCCAGGUGAGAGGUGAGGAUAGCAUGGUAGCCAACCUCCAAGAUGGUCCCUAUGAUCUUCUCCCCUGUAUCUGUGCCCUUGUGCAAUCCCCUUCCACCCUAAGCCAUGGCUGCCCUGUGUGAUCAGUAAGAUACUUACACCCCCUUGCAGACAAAGUGUUAUAGGGUCUUCUAGAGAGCCUCCUUAAAAGGGAGGGGAGAGAACUUUUGGAACGGCUGAGUCAGGAGCUCUGGAAAUCCUCUUCGCAAAGGGCAAUGAUAAAAUGGGAAACAUUGUCAAAAACAGCCAUUUCAGCACUGGAAAUUGACCAAAGGCACGCAACAGAUGGGGAAGCAUUUAUUCCAGAAAACCUACAAAACCUUGGUGAGAAUGGUGGGAAUCUAUGGCAUAUUGGCCUGGAGCUACAGCUACGUGGAGCAGUAGUUCUACCAGGGCAAGGCAGGUCGUGAGGACCUGCAACCUCACUGCCAGAUUAGGCCGACUUGAUUGGGAGCACCAUUUGGAAAAAUCCAUGCUUGUGGCGUUGUCAAAAUAAUGGUGAUUUUUGUGGCAGUCAGGGAAGACCAACAAUCACAACUAGCCUGAGGUUGUGAUACUGACUGGGACAAGCAGCAGAACAGCCAGAAAUUUACAGGAAGACCUGGGGAACAUGACAGCUGUAAUGGGCUUUGAUAUUUGAAUGGGCUUCCACAUAUUCUUGGGAGUCUGGAAAUCUGUGUAGACAUAAAGCUACAUGCUUGCUCAUUAAAGAACCUGGACAGGUCCUAGCAGUCUACCGAUCCUUGGCCAAAUGUGAGGCCUUGCACAUACAGAAAGUAAAAGCUGGGGCAGAUUUGGCCUAAACUUUGAAUGUGUUCCCCAACCCUCACACAGAUCCACAGCAAAAGGUAAAAGCCUUACUCGCUUAAUCACUCACUGAGCACUAGGCUGAAGGGACAGAGGGCCACCCCUAAGAAGCCAGCCAGCCUUAAAAAUAAAACAGGAAUUUUUUAAGAAAGAUUUUAUUUAUUUAUUUGACAGAGAGCAAGAGAGGAAACACAAGCAGGGGGAGUGG